CAAAAUUUUAAAUGAUCCAAUUCUAUUAACCUACCUUCAAGGACCUUUCUCAAAUCUCUCUAACCCUAAUAACCGGCGAACACCCUGUACUCUUAGUCUUCUGUUUCGUGCACCGCCUCCACCAAUAACACAUCAAUUGAUUAGAACUCUCCAUUUCUUCUGGUCAUUUUAUUGUCGUCGCUCACCAACCAUCUCAAUCGCAUUCUCAAUUUCACAUUGCUGCUGCUCUCUCUCUCUCUCUCAUAAAAAACAACGACGUCUUCUUCUUCAAAGCACUCUCUCCCGCUUCCAUCGACAUUACUUGAUCCGCCUCCGGCCAACACCUCCACUCCGCCAACACCGCCACUUCGAUAGCACCCUUUCGGUAACAAUAUUAGAUCGAGAAUCAUAUAACAAUAUUAGGCCAAGGGAAAUCGAGAUAAUGCAGAAAUUGAUAAUUUCCAGUCGAAGCCAUCAGGUUCCUUCACCGUGUCCGGUUGUUGAUCGUGUCGCUGUUACCCUAUGUCGUCGCCGUUAUCAGCGACCGUCUCUGUCACCAGUGUACAUCGCACGCACCACAAGACACCGAUUAUCCCAAUUCUACGACGACGAUAUCGUCGAGCCUUCAACCACCGGUCAGAUUCAAGAUUGUGACCUUUGCCUCAAGACUUAUGCCACCCGCUUUUAUCUUUCCUUGUAUUUUAAUAAUUUUCCUGUGAUGGAUGGUGACAGCUUUUUUGAGAGCUUUAGGCAAUUUGUGCUUUUUACCCAUGCCAGGUACCAGAUAUUAUAUCACAUGAAGACCAUCAACUUCAAAACUCAAACAAAAGGAAACCAACUUACAUAUCAUUUGAUUCCCUUCUCAAGAAGACAAAGAGCAAUACUAAUAAGAUGAAUGUCUAGUUACGUCUAGGUUUUGGUUUGUGAUGUGUUAGCUUUUUUAUCAUAAUUUAAAUACUUUCAAUUAGUACAAUUUUUGUUUUUUGGUAUUUUAAUUAGGAAUUUAAUGUAUGGAUUUGGAUUUCAAUUUUUACUACAUAUGAAAUUAUGCGU